AUGAAGAUAGCCCGACUUCGACUGGCCGUUGCCCUGUCUCUUAGCCGCCUCAGCCUUCUGGUUUCAGCACAGGAAACCCUGGCUGAUGGCCUGACCGUCUUCCCUAACUGCUCGGUUUGUGCAAAGAGAAAAACCGAGUCCGCUUGUGCUGGCCACGCUGACGACUGGUAUGCCUGGGGCGACAGCUUCAAUAUGCCCUUCCCAUCCUCCGAGCCUCUCCCUGCUCUUUAG